AUGGCCAUGGCGAUUAGGGUUUUUCUUCUUCUUAUCCUCUUCAUGUCAUCUUCAAUCCCUGGUUUCUCUCUGUUCGAAGAUCAAGUCGGCCUCAUGGACUGGCAUCAACAAUAUAUAGGAAAAGUGAAGCACGCAGUGUUCCACACUCAGAAGGCGGGUAGAAAGCGAGUUGUAGUCUCAACGGAAGAGAACGUCGUGGCGUCGCUUGAUCUCCGGCGUGGGGAGAUUUUUUGGAGGCAUGUUUUGGGGAGCAACGAUGUCAUCGAUGAAAUCGAUAUCGCGCUUGGAAAAUAUGUCAUUGCCUUGUCAUCAGAGGGAAGUAUUUUAAGAGCUUGGAACCUUCCUGAUGGGCAGAUGAUAUGGGAGUCCUUUCUUCCAGGCUCAAAGCCAUCAAAGUCUUUAUUAUCUGUUCCAGCAAGUGUGAAGGUUGAGAAGGACAAUGUUAUCCUUGUUUAUGGUGGUGGCUGUCUUCAUGCCAUUUCAAGUAUAGAUGGCGAGAUUCUUUGGAAGAAGGAAUUGACCACUGAAGGCAUGGAUGCUCAACUGUUAUUUCGUCCUCAUGGAAGUGAUGUGAUACAUGCUGUAGGACUUCACGGUUUGACCCAGUUUGGUGCAUAUCUGUUGAAUGCCAAGAAUGGUGAGUUGCUUAAGCAUGAUAGUACAGCAUUUCCUGGUGGCUUUUCUGGAGAGAUAUCAUUUGUUACGAGUGAUACAUUUGUGGCACUGGAUGCAACUAGAUCAACGUUGGUAACAAUAAGCAUCAGAGGUGGAAAAAUCAGCUUUCAGCAGACACAUGUUUCAGAUCUUGUUCAGGAUUUUUCUGGGAUGGCAGUGAUAUUACCUACUAAGCUUACAGGAAUAUUUGCUGUAAGAAUGAAUAGAUUGAUAGUAUUUAUUAAAGUGACGGAUGAUGGCAGGUUGGAAGUAGUGGACAAAAAAGAUCAUGUUGCAGCUGUUAGCGAUGCUUUGCCAGUUUCAGAAGGCCAACAAGUUUUUGGGCUUAUUCAGAAUGAAGGUGGUAAGAUUCACCUCACUGCGAAGAUUUGUAAUGACAUGCGUGCCAAUUUGCUCGAGGAAAGUAUUGAAAUGGACCAUCAUCAGAGGGGUCUUGUGCAUAAGGUUUUUAUAAACAACUACAUCCGAACUGACAGGUCUCAUGGAUUUAGGGCGUUGAUUGUAAUGGAAGAUCAUUCACUGUUGUUGCUACAACAAGGAGAGAUUGUCUGGAAUAGGGAGGAUGGCCUUGCUUCCAUUAUAGAUGUAUCAACAUCAGAAUUACCUGUGGAAAAGGAUGGUGUAUCAGUUGCAAAAGUAGAGCACAAUCUUUUUGAAUGGCUUAAGGGACAUUUGCUAAAGCUUAAAGGAACUCUAAUGCUUGCAAACCCUGAUGACUUAGCAGCCAUACAGAGAAUUAGAUUAAAAAGCUCCGAAAAAAGCAAGAUGACCCGAGACCACAAUGGGUUUCGCAAGCUGCUCAUAGUACUUACUCGGGCAGGGAAACUUUUUGCACUGCAUACAGGAGAUGGACGAGUUGUGUGGUCUCUCCUCCUGCAUUCUCUUCGUAAAUCAGCAGCUUGUGAAGAUCCAACUCCACUUAAUGUAUAUCAGUGGCAGGUUCCCCAUCAUCAUGCGUUGGAUGAGAAUCCAUCCGUUCUAGUACUUGGCAAAUGUGGAUAUAGUCCAGAUGCCCUUGGAGUUCUCUCUAUUGUUGACACUUAUGCGGGAAAGGAACUUAAUUAUUUAGGUCCCCUUCAUUCCAUUGCACAAGUUAUUCCACUGCCUUUUACGGAUUCAACAGAACAGCGUCUUCAUCUACUAAUAGAUGUCAACAAACGUGCCCACUUGUACCCCAGAACCCCCGAGGCUAAAGAUAUCUUCCUACGCGAGCUUGCCAACGUAUAUUGGUACUCAGUUGAAGCUGAUAAUGACAUUUUAAGGGGUCAUGCUGUGAAAAGCAAUUGCAUUCUUGAGGUAGCUGAUGACUAUUGUUUCGACACCAGGGAUUUGUGGUCAAUUGUAUUCCCCUCUGAUUCUGAAAAGAUUAUUGCAACUGUGACACGAAAACUGAAUGAGGUGGUUCAUACUCAAGCGAAGGUAAUCACAGAGCAAGAUGUGAUGUAUAAGUAUAUAUCGAAAAAUCUGCUUUUCGUGGCUACUGUUGCACCAAAAGCCACUGGUGCAAUUGGUUCAGUCACCCCAGAGGAGUCGUGGCUUGUUGUUUAUCUUAUUGAUACUGUAACUGGCCGUAUACUGCACCGUGUGACUCAUCACGGUUCACAGGGUCCUGUGCAUGCUGUUUUCAGUGAGAACUGGGUUGUCUACCACUACUUUAAUUCAAGAUCACACAGAUAUGAGAUGUCUGUCAUUGAGAUUUAUGAUCAAUCUCGGGCGGAUAACAAAGAUGUGUGGAAGCUUGUUCUUGGAAAGCACAAUCUUACUUCACCCGUUUCUUCCUAUUCUCGUCCUGAGGUCAUAACAAAAUCACAAUCUUACUUCUUCACCCAUUCUGUUAAAACAAUAGCAGUGACAUCAACUGCGAAGGGCAUUACUUCCAAACACCUUCUUAUCGGCACAAUUGGUGAUCAGGUCUUGGCACUUGAUAAGCGUUUUCUAGAUCCUCGGCGAACAGUCAACCCCUCACAAGCCGAGAAAGAGGAAGGAAUGAUACCUCUUACUGAUUCUUUACCAAUCAUUCCUCAGACUUGUAUACUGCAAGUCUUUGAUGACAAAAAUAAGUUCAAUUCACCUCAGAGUUACUUGCCACUAAGUAUUGGACAUGCGUGGGGCGUUCUUAAUCAGGAAGGAAUGAGUUUUGUGCUGGAUCUGGCUUAG